UUCAAUCUCUUCCACAAAUCAACAAAGGAAAGAAACAACAACAUGAUGAAAACGAUGAAGAAAAUUGCGACUGCAACAGAGAAGGCUAGGGCUGAUGACGACGGUUGCAAGUCUUUUGCGGCGAGGCCUGUCCAGGCGAAGAAGCAAUCGGCUCCACCAAUGAGACUUUCUCAAAACCCUAAAGCCGUGAUUAAGAAACAACUGAAGAAGCCUUGCAAGUCUGUUUCAACAAGGCCUCUAGAGAUAACGAAGAAGAAGCAGUCGAUUCCGGAAGUUUCUGGAAACCCUAAAGCUGUUCCAGCGGUGAAGAAGAACGAUAAGGAUACGUUGGAGCUGUUCGAAAUAGCCAAGAAAUCAGCUGACGUGGCCAACACGAAGGGACUUCUGGCGGCCAAAGCAGAGACAUCUAUCUGUGUGGAUACUCUCUCUUUGCUCAUCACUAUGCCAAUAAGCGCAACAGCUCCUGAAACGAGGAGGAUCAUGGAGAGGCUUGGUCAUCUCACAAGGCACAAAGAUCGUAAAAUCUGCAAUUCUGCAUCGGCUCUUUUACAACAUUGGAGUCUGAGCAUCAGAGAUCAACAACACUAAGAUGCCCUCUAAA